AUCUCUAUCCUUGUUUAUGCUGAUGUGUGAACUCUGAUCUGUAUGUGACUGUCUGUUUAUAAUGUUCAUACGCAUGCCGGCAUAGAAGGAAUCCCAAAAUGCAGAAAUUGCAACCUUGCUAGAGAGCAAAACAACUUUUUACUUCCAGAGCCAUGAGCUCUAUUAAAAAAAGGAAACCAGGGACAGCUCGGAAAGCUUCAGCAUUGCAAAGAAGAGACAGUGUGGCUUCCUCACGAAAAAAAGAACUGAACGUGUCAAGUUUAAUAAAUGCAGACCAAAUACACGUUAUACAGAAACACAUUUCAAGUAACAAGUCUGUAGUCAUUAUCCCGAACAAUGUCUCUGCUGAAGACCAAAGUGGACCAAGCACAUCGUACGCCAUUUCAGAUGCCAGUAUGGAGGAGGACACAGACAACACUCUGCAAAUGCAAUCUUCCGAGGCUGAUGAUGGCUCAAAAAGCAGGAAAAGCAAGAGAGGCCGUCCAAACAAAUACAUUGAGCUUGACAAUGGUGAGAUAGUUAAAAAGGCUUCAGUUGUCUCAAAACAGCCGGAGAAAGCUUCAAAGAAGCCCAGUAGUAUGAAGAGAUUGGGAAAAGAGGUCACCAGCAAAGAUACGAAAGAGUCAGUCAGGAGGACUUCCAGAGCAAGCGCUGGCAAAAAUCAGAAAUAUACUGAAUUCAGUCAUGGCGACAACAGUGAUAGUGAAGCUGAACAGACAUCUGACUGUGAGCAGAGUCUGACUGGAGAUACUGAUGAUGACGUUGCUGCUCCUGUAUCGCCUGCUCCUAAAAAACGCAAAAAGGGCCCAGCAAGAAGAACUAACAAAGACGAGGAUUACAAAACGGGGGAGAAUUCAACUCCAAGAAUUAGAGUGAAAAAAUCUGGGCUCUUCAAAAAUGACGUGAAUGACCAGAGUACUAAUAAGGACCCUUCCCUGUUAAAUGAAAUAACCUGCGGAGCAUGCAACACCAAAAUGACAAAGAAUAUGUAUGUAAGUCAUCGACUGGAGGUUCACCAUGGUUUGACCUGGAUUGAAGGUGAAGAGGAUCCAAUCGACUACUACAACACAACCAUCCUAUACCAAAAUAAACUAGGAUUGCUAGUGAAAGAAGCGUUUUCUAAAUUUGGGAAAGGCACCCAUCCUAAAAAAUUAACACUUCCAUGUCAAGUAUGCGGCAGGGUGAUCGCUUCAUACAUGGGCUACGUGUCGCACUUCACAUUUUGUGGUGUUUCUGACGAGGAGCGAGAAAAGAGAAUGUUCCAGUGCCCAAUCUGCAAAAAGUCAGUGACCCCGUCAGGUCGAUAUUUCCAUGAGAGCAAACACAAAGAGAAUGAUGGAGUUGGUCAUAGCAACUCUGUUGAGUCUGAGCGUGCCAUUGAUAGCACCCCAAAGAGAGCUGCAGCUGUAAAGGCUAGGGGAUAUUUGCAGAACUUGGAAAAAGACGACGGGCCAGUGACCACAACAGAAAAUGACGGGCCAAGUGCUGAGUUUAGCGUCAUCAAAAUUGAAUCGAGACGGGGUAUUACAUGGAAAAGGAAAUCGUGGGCUAAGGAUUUGAUGUCGCUUGGAUCUAUAAAAUGCUGCUACAUUGGCUGUGAUCAUGUAUCUACAGAUGUUGCUGAGUACGAAAAACAUGUUGUUGAUGAAUGCCCUCACAAAUCCACGUUAUAUGUCUGCAGCCAAUGCAACUUAAAAUUCCAAAGUGAAGAAUUGGUCCUUGCUCAUUACAAAGAAACCCAUAAAUCUAUCGUAGAAGUCCUUGAAGAACAAGAGGAGGAUGUUAUAGAGGAAACUGAAGAUUUUGAAGAUAAGUUGACUCCAACCCCUAAUAAAAAGAAAGCCAGGGGAGCGCAGGAAUCACUUGAACCUGUUAAUGGUCUCUCGAUCCACCACGGCUUGAUCCUCAAAUGCUUUUCUUUGCAAAGAUCUUGCAGGGGUGUAGCCCCAUUCAAUGCAACCGUUAAAUGGACAAUGCAAUUCAUCAAAGCCAACCACAGCACUGAACUUUUGUUUCCCAAGCUUUUUGAUCAGUCCGACUUCUGUACCUUGAAAGACCCAGAAGAGUAUCUACCUCUAGCCAAGACCUCUGUACUUUUUAGCUCAGCCUCCACAAUGAAGCCAAAAGUUAACAAAGCAUUUGUUGAAUCCUCAGAGUGGCGGUCUUUAAAUUGUCUGAGUGGGGAGGUAGAGAACAAUGCUCCAGUGUUCUUCGCAGGAGGCCCCAUUCUGAGUUUGGCUUGGUGCCCAACGCCUCAAACUUAUCCGGAGAGUAAACAGUAUCUAGCAGUGUCUUGCCACAGGAGUAUGGACUCUAAACUGGGCUUUCAAGAAAUUCUUCCACAAAACAGUCUGAUUCAAAUAUGGUCUCUCGGCCUCUUGAAAAACCAAACAGAGACUGUCACAGCCCCAACCUUAUUAAUGACCUUAGGUCAUGAGUGGGGAGCUGUCAGGCAGCUGGAAUGGUGUCCAUCAGGCUGCUGGGACAUAGAAACAAACAAACUGGGUUUGCUUGCAGCAGCUUGUGCCGAUGGAACAGUCAGAAUCAUCCCUAUAAUCAGCACUAUUCCUGAACAACCACAUUUGAAAGCUAAGGCCUCCUUGACCUUGGUUCCACACAAAAAUUCAGAGAGACUGAACCAAUGCAUCAGCGUUCACUGGUACAGAGGCAAGGGCCAUCAGGUUUUGGCUGGUGGUUUUGCUGAUGGACUGGUUUGCUUUUGGAAUGUAACGUCAGAAUCGCCAUUGCUCAAGAUAGCUGGCAACAAACUCCUCCCUUAUCUCAAUUUUUACGCUCAUCAAGGCCCUGUGAUCUCUGUUAAAAUUUACCCACACACGAAGCCAAAGUUUGUUGUGACCGCAGGCAUACAAGACAAGAAUCUAUUAUUUUGGAACUUGGACGAGCGAGGUGAAAAUGCAGUUAUUCAACACAAUACAAAGAGGGGCAGGUUCACCAGUUUAGACUGGAUGCUUUGUUGGCCGACCCCGAUAGCCUCAUACGAGGAGCAAACAUUUGCGACGCAGGCUUUGACCCCGAGGAACUUCAUGGGCAACACCGCACUGCUGCCGCAAAACUCGUCCGGGAGCGAUUUGACCAAGUCUGACUGGUUAAACUGUGUCGCGCACUGCACAGGCGCUGGCGAAGUCUCCUUGUUCCUCUGCAAUCAGAUGUUGUUUGGUAUUGACAACGUGAAACCCGUGAAGGACAGGAGGGCAAUGCUGACGAGGACAAUGGUGACGGCGUUUGACUUGCGUCAAAGAGAAGGAACAUCUUUCACAUGCGACAAUCCUAGUGAUUCUUUCAUUUCAAACUACGAGGAGGCGAGCAAGAGAGGACUUGUUUUUUGUGACUCAUUGCUGGACAUUGACAAAAAGUGGCCACCAGGAAGUGAGGCAGCACAGCUGACGGAGAAAAUGGAUCCUUGCUGCUCAGCAAAUUAUCCACUUUCAAGCAUCAGCCGACUGGCUUGGAAUAGCAACAUCUCCAGUUUUGGAUGGAUUGCCAUUGGCUAUCAGUGCGGAUUGGUGCGGCUACUCAAUAUCAAAGCUAAAACAACGGAAAAGCUCUUGCAAAAUUAUCACUUGUGACAUGUUAAAGUUUUCGAGAGCAAAUAAAGACUUGCCAAGUAUUGCAAAUUAUUAAGUUA